GCGCAGACGCGGCCCGGGCGCGCGUCCGGCGGCGGUUGGCGGCGUGUGGGGCCGGCGGGCGGUUGCGGUGGGCAGGACCCGAGUGCAGGCAGCUAGAGCCGGCGCCAUGGUGGAGAAGGAGGAGGCCGGCGGCGGCAUCAGUGAGGAGGAGGCGGCGCAGUAUGACCGGCAGAUCCGUCUGUGGGGACUGGAGGCCCAGAAACGGCUGCGGGCCUCGCGGGUGCUGCUUGUUGGCAUGAAAGGACUCGGGGCUGAAAUUGCCAAGAAUCUCAUUCUGGCGGGAGUGAAAGGACUGACCAUGUUGGAUCCUGAACAGGUAUCUCCAGAAGACCCCGGAGCACACUUCCUGGUCCGUACUGGGUCUGUCGGCCGAAAUAGGGCCGAAGCCUCUUUGGAGCGAGCCCAGAAUCUCAACCCCAUGGUGGAUGUGAAAGUGGACACUGAGAAUAUAGAAAAGAAACCGGAGUCAUUUUUCACUCAGUUCGAUGCUGUUUGUCUGACUUGCUGCUCCAGGGAUGUCAUAGUUAAAGUUGACCAGAUCUGUCACAAAAAUAGCAUCAAGUUUUUUACAGGAGACGUUUUUGGCUACCAUGGAUACACAUUUGCCAAUCUUGGAGAGCAUGAAUUCGUAGAGGAGAAAACCAAAGUUGCCAAAGUUAGUCAAGGGGUAGAAGAUGGACCUGAUACCAAGAGAGCAAAACUUGAUUCAUCUGAAACAACUAUGGUCAAAAAGAAAGUGGUCUUCUGCUCUGUCAAGGAAGCGCUGGAGGUGGACUGGAGCAGUGAUAAAGCCAAGGCAGCUCUGAAGCGCACAACUUCAGAUUACUUCCUCCUUCAAGUGCUCCUGAAGUUCCGCACGGAUAAAGGAAGAGACCCUCGUUCUGAUACCUUUGGGGAAGAUUCUGAGCUCUUGCUCCAGAUACGAGACGAUGUGCUUGACUCCCUGGGUGUUAGUCCUGAGCUGCUUCCCGAAGAUUUCGUCAGGUACUGCUUCUCCGAGAUGGCCCCCGUGUGUGCAGUGGUUGGAGGGAUCCUGGCGCAGGAAAUCGUGAAGGCCCUGUCUCAGAGGGACCCUCCUCACAACAACUUCUUCUUUUUUGACGGCAUGAAGGGGAAUGGGAUCGUGGAGUGCCUCGGCCCCAAGUGAACCGAGACCCGGCGGCCCCGGGGGCGCUGACCCGCAGCCUGCCCCGCGUCCCCGGCCCUUCCCCCAACGGCAGCGGCUCCAGACGAAGGAAAAGCCCCAGGCCUCGGGCCGGACCGUCUCCUGCGAGCAGCGAGGCUGUGCAGACGUGCGACUUGCAAGCGCCAGCAGCUGCUAAGCGCGGGGACCGGCUGGCCUCACCCCGGCGCCGUUGGCCGGCCACCACCCGAGAGUCCCCCGUCACGCGUCCCUCUGUCCAGGUGCCGCUGCGGUGUCACCAGGCCACCCGUAGCCCCGCAGGAGAUGCCCACCUGGGCCCAGAGUGCCUCAUUGCUUGGGAUCCUCUCGCCACGUCCUUGGACUUGCUCCUGCCCGAUGUCCCACAGAGAAGAGCACGCGGGCUCCAGGUGGGGAGUGAGGCCGGGCCCCGCGGGACGCUCGUUGAGCCACAGCCCCGAACGCAGGCAGGUGCCCCAGAGAGGAAGCGACACGGCCGGCGGGAUGUAUUUCCUCCAGAGUUGGGGACCCCGAACACUGGCAGGUGCCGUCUGGCAUGCUGCUCUGGGGCGCCAGCUCAGGCUUCGCGGGGUUUCAGCCGGGAGUUUGGAAGAGAGGAAACGUCACCAAAGUUCCCUUGGGCAUUAGGCCAAGACCUUGCAAAGCGGAUAGUAGUGGGAAAGCUUGUUUUAAAAAGGCAGAUUCCACGGUCCCAGCCCCUGGGGGUUCUGAUUUACUGGGGCCCAAGCUAGCACGUGAGGGCCCAUCCCCGCAGAGCCCCACCCCCAACACGGCUCAGACCGGCCUGGAGGCUGUUGCUUUCAAGGGCCGUGUCAGCCCUUCCUCCCCCCACCCCAGAAUCGCAGCUGUUUGUGUGGUUUUUUAUAUUUUCUAUAUUUUCUUGGUUCUUUAAAAAGGAAUGAUAGAAAUAAA